CCCGCAUUGCUCCUGAGAUUAAAUACGUAAUUCAUAUUCCUGGGAAAGCAUAAUUAAUUUUGUUUUCUAUUGACUGAAGUUUCCUUUGCCCCUUCCCGUACUUGCGAUUAGAAUGCAACUGUUUUACAAUAACAAAAGCGAAGGCUUCAUUUGAAACGACAACCAGUUGACAAAUAGUGAUACCAUACCGAGUCAGUCAGUUGCAGACAGCAGCUACCGCGAAUCUGUAGUUUCUUCUGGCCUGUCUACCUUCUGAAGUGAGUGCAAACUUGAAGUAGAUUAUGGCUACAAGCAAAGGAAGUGAUGAUGAAGAAAGCAGUUCUCGUAAAUUUAAGGUAGCUUCAUCAUCAUUAUAUGAUGAAAGCAUUGAUGUUACUGAUGCAGAAGAGGUUAAAAGUCCCACAACCACUAGUAAACGACUUCCUGAAUCAUUUAGUAUUAUAGAUACUCCUCCAGCAUCACCUGGAAGCAACCCUGAAAUCAUUAGCUCAAAUGAGGCUAUUGCAAGUACAUCCAACGCUCCUGCUAUUCUUGCAAUUGAACACUCCAUCCCUCCAAUGCCUACCUCACGAAGAGUAAUGCAGUCUGGUUCUGAUCUGUCAGAUAAUACUGAAGAAGACGACGAUGAUGAUGAUGUGCAAGCAGCCACAUUAGAAGGAACUUAUGAUCCUGCUGAAUUUGAUCAUCUUCCAGUUGCAGCAGACAUCAAGGAGCUUUUCCAGCAUAUAACUCGAUACACUCCUCAAAAUAUUGAACUUGAGUACAAACUUAAGCCAUUUAUCCCAGACUUCAUCCCAGCUGUGGGAGAUAUUGAUGCAUUUCUUAAGAUUUCUCGGCCUGAUGGCAAAGAUGACAAUAUUGGCCUGUUUGUUUUGGAUGAACCAUGUGCAAACCAGAGUGAACCAGCAGUUUUACAUCUACAACUGAGAGCAGUUGCAAAACAAUCUUCAGCAAAAACAGUUGUCAGUUCUACCUUUGUGGUGAAGAAAGUAGAAAGUGCUGAGAAGCAAACAAAGUCUAUAGAUCGAUGGAUCAAAGACAUAAGUGAUCUUCAUCGCAGUAAGCCGCCUCCUACGGUUCAUUAUACAAAGCCCAUGCCAGACAUUGACAACUUGAUGCAAGAAUGGCCAGGAGAAUGUGAGCAACGGCUUAGAGAAUUAGGUCUCCCAUCACCUGACCUUGACUGUGAUUUGUCUAAAUACGUAGACAUUAUUUGCAGUAUAUUUGAUAUUCCAUUAUAUGAAUCACGAAUCCAGUCUCUUCACGUACUUUUUGCAUUAUAUUCAGCUAUUAAAAAUUCACAAUAUUUCAAUAAUACAAUUGACAGCAUUACAGAAUCUCAAAACUGAAGUAUCUUUGCAAUUAGAGGAAUAUGUGAAAUAAAUUUUACAACAUAAACCAUGUCUGUGACAAAUCAUGACAAUGGAUGUUCAUAGUUGUAAAAGUUCCCUUGGCUAAUAAAUACUGCAAAAAACUUUAUGUGAAAAUUAGCAUUCAUCAUUAUUGUAUUUUAAACAUAAUUAAAACUUUCUGAAGAAUCUCUGAAAAUUUUGUUCAACCUUCACAGUUACUGUAUGAUGAUGGAUGGAUACUAAGAUGUGGGAAUAAUCGAUUGGGAAAAUUGAUUCCUAUUUUGUCUUGUAAAAAAGACAUGCUACUACAACUCAGCACUAACUGCCAAAACUUUUCUAAUAAUUCUGCGAAAUUAUAACAACUUUCUUGAAAGCUAUUUAUUAGGUACCCUACCAAUAUAUUUUCAACCAUCUUUUACAAUCCUCUUCUUCAAAUGUUAGCACUAGUUAUACUGGGUUCAAGCUGUUUCAAGCCAAAAAAUAUGAAUGCCAAAUACUUGAUGUGUUCUAAAAUAUAUUUCACAUAGAAAAUUGUACUUUAGCCAGCACAUUCACCAAUAAUUCAAGCUGAUCAAUACUUAAUCUGUAUAUCUGAAUAAUGAAAUAGGUGUUUUGAGUUUAAGUCAGUUCAUUAUAUCAAACAUUGCAUAUAAAAAAAUUGACUUUUUGCAAUUUUAAAAAAAAUCAAGAAUUUUAGCAAACAUUAGCCAGGCAUCAUUCUCUUAAAUGUCCUUCACACUAUCCAACUAAUAAAUAACAAAUGUAACUCAAACUUCAUUUCAUAUAAUUCGAUCCUAAAAAAAGUAAUCAAACAAGCAAAAAUUAUAACAAAUGAUAAGUACAUU